UAUCAGAGCUGUUCUUACUAGCAGAGUUCCUCGUGCGUGUUCACAGGAGACACCUGAGAGAAGAUGCCUGACAAUGUCGUCUUUGAAAACCAUGAAAUCACGCAGGAGACGGGCAGAAACGGGAUGUCUGGGUCAAAGGUCAUCACAAUGGAGCCCAUCAAACAGCAACAUGGUGCCACCGUCAGCUUUCACAACAUUUGUUAUAGUGUUGAGCAGAAGAGCAGAUCCAUCUGCAGAAAUACAGCCGCUCAAAAGGACAUUCUGUUGGAUCUCAAUGGGAUCAUGAGACCAGGUUUAAAUGCUAUUUUGGGCCCAACAGGAAGUGGCAAAUCUUCGUUUUUGGAUGUUCUCGCGGGCAGGAAGGACCCUGGUGGUCUCUCUGGUGAGGUCCUGAUCAACGGAUCCCCACAGCCGCCAAAUUUCAAAUGUCUUUCUGGUUAUGUUGUCCAGGAUGACAUAGUGAUGGGAACACUAACGGUAAGAGAAAACUUGAGUUUCUCAGCCGCUCUCCGCAUGUCUUCUCGAGUCAGUCCGAGAGAGAAAGAGAUCCGAGUGAAUCAUCUCAUCUCAGAGCUCGGCCUCAACAAAGUCGCAGAUUCAAAGGUGGGCACGCAGCUCAUACGAGGUAUCUCUGGUGGGGAGCGGAAGAGGACCAGCAUUGGGAUGGAGUUGAUCAUAGACCCCUCUGUUCUCUUUUUGGAUGAGCCGACCACAGGUCUUGAUGCCAGUACAGCCCAUUCUGUGCUUCUGCUGUUAAAGCGAAUGGCCGGUCAGGGCCGAACCAUCAUCAUGUCGAUUCACCAGCCACGAUAUUCCAUCUACCGACUCUUUGAUAGCCUCACACUGCUGGCCAAUGGCAAACAAGUCUACCAUGGACCUGCACAGGACGCUAUAGAGUACUUCGCUGAGAUCGGUUAUACUUGCGAAGCCCAUAAUAAUCCAGCGGACUUCUUCUUGGAUGUUAUAAAUGGAAGCACCACAACACAGAUACAAAAUAAUGGAGAUAUGCAGAUUGAAGUUGCUCUCAUCAGCCAGCAGUGUAUUGAAGAUCUGCUGGUGGAGAAGUACAAAACCUGCAGCUACGCCCGAGGCAUCAAAGCAGAGCUGGAGCACAUCAUCCAAACCAAAGACAACAACAUCAUCAGACCCAAGUGUGACUCCAUCACCUACAACAGCUCUUUCCUCCAGCAGCUUUACUGGGUGUUAUGGAGAACCUUCUGGAACUUAAUGCUGAACCCACAGACCUCUGUAGCACAGUUGGCAGUCACAACACUUAUGGCUGUAAUUGUUGGUGCCAUCUUUUACGGAGUCAAAGAUGACCAGAGUGGCAUACAGAACAGAUUUGGCGUUUUGUUUUUCAUUACAACCAAUCAGUGUUUCAGCACGCUCUCCGCUGCCGAGCUCUUCAUCACGGAGCGCAAACUCUUCAUUCAUGAGUACACGAGCGGCUACUACCGACUGUCUGUCUACUUCCUGUCUAAAAUCCUGUCUGACAUCAUUACUCAGCGCGCCAUCCCUUCCAUACUCUUCACAUCUGUUGUUUACUUCAUGAUCGGGUUAAAACCCACGGCAGAUGCGUUCUUCAUCUUUAUGUUGACCGUGAUACUGGUGGCUUGCACAGCUGCAGCCAUGGCUAUGGCUAUUUCAGCCAACCAAUCAGUGGUGGCGGUGGCCAACAUCUUUAUGACCGUCAGCUUCAUCUUUAUGAUGAUUUUCUCUGGUCUUCUGGUUAACCUGAACAGUAUCAUGGACUGGUUGGCCUGGUUGAAGUAUCUCAGCAUUCCUCGCUAUGGGCUUGAGGCUUUGGAAAUAAAUGAGUUUGUGGGGCUGAAGUUUUGUAAAAACGUCUCAGGUGUGCCAUCUACAACUACCCUGUCGACCAAUGGCAGCAGCCCUGCUGACAUCAUCAUUUGCACAGGAGAGCAGCAUCUAAAUUUUCAAGGAAUCGAUUAUUCAACCUGGGGUCUGUGGCAGAAUCACAUUGCUCUUACAGUCAUGACCUUUGUUUUUCUUAGCAUUGCUUAUGUCAAGCUCAGAUUCAUUAAGAAAUUCUAUUGAACUUUGUAUUUUGUGUCAAACAUUUGAUUUAUGAAUCAGUAAGGAUACACUGAAAAAAAUCUCUGAUUGCACAUGACUGAAUCAAGUUUUCUUAAAAUGAAAUAAAAUUUAAUUAAAGGAAUAGUCUACUCAUUUUCAAUAUUAAAAUAUGUUAUUACCUUAACUAAGAAUUGUUGAUACAUCCCUCUAUCAUCUGUGUGCGUGCACGUAAGCGCUGGAGCGCGCUGCGACGCUACGAUAGCAUU